AUGUCUCCCUCCUGGGGGUCAUCCUCCGAUCCUCAUGAGCUCCCCCAGCUUGCUAACCUGCGAUCUCUCCCGCUCAACAUAGAUGACGCUCCUCACGCCAAUUCCUGGGAACGCUACCAGGAAGAAGGUGUGCAGCCUGAACACGAGGCUUCCUUCGUCCACGAGCUGAUCGCUGGUGCCGCCUCCUUCGAGGCUGCCAAGGCCUACGAGGACCACGUUGCACGAAAUGGCCCACCCCCCAACCACCAGAUGGCCAAGGAACUGAUGGCUGGAUUUGCCGGUGCUUUCAUUGACCGCGAGGUCGAGACCAAGGGUCUGGACUUUGUUGACCGGGAGCGGGCGAAGCGCCAGGCCCAGAACCACAUUGAACAGGAGGACGAGAGCCGGUUCAACUACUAA